AUGAGUCCAUCAUUUGCGCAAGCGAAUCCAUUCGCGCGAAGAGAUACACAUCCAGUUCAAGCAAUCUGGACAUAUAAAAUAUGUACAAUUAUAUCCUGGCUGUUGAUGGUAGUAGUGACCUUUUACUACAACUUCCAUGCACCUCAAGAUGACAAGAACUCCUGGCGUCAUACUAUUUGGGAACAGAACAAGAUACAUCAUACACCAUUUGCCAUGAACGCCUUUAUUGCUUCGAUUUAUUGGCUGUUCCUGUUUAUUCUACAGAUUGGAUAUGUUCUUCACCUCUUCACCGACGAGGCUGAGCAUGUUAAUGCCGCAGCAUCAGUUGGAAGUCAUUUUAUUGUCAACAACCUCCUCCAAUUCGCCUUUGUCAUGCUCUUCGUUCGAUCACACUUCAUAUGGGCUGAAAUCAUGUUGAUCAUCAACUUCUUCAAUCUUUCUUCCCUCUACUUCCGUCAUAAUACCACUCCAAGAUUUAUUCAUAUGCCAGCUACCUCUGGUCCACUUGCUUGGACAUUCGUAGCUUUGUAUUGGAAUGGUGCUAUUGCGGUUGGUGCUCAUAACCUUCCUGCACGUAUUGUAGCAAACGUCGCAAUCUGGGGUAUCUUGGUCUAUGGACUGACUACACCAUGGGAUUUGCUCUCAGUAUUAUCACAGCAGCAAUUGGAGUUGGCCAGUUCUUCACAAAAGUAUUCGCCCUUCAAUGGAUCUUUGCUUUUACAAUAA